UGUUGACGUUGUGAGCGCCAGCUGUGCGGAGCUAGCUCGCUUCUGCAGCUUUCUUUGCUCUUUCCUGCUCAAUUUCAUCCACAUUUCUAAACUUUCCCGCCCCCGAUGUGAUGCAGACGGAUAAUUGCUGCAGUUAAGCUCGUAUAAACACCUCAGCAAAUGUUAAUUAAGUUAUAUUAGCUCUUUGUUUUCGUGCUGCGCGCUUCUGGUGGCGGCUAGCUCGUUGUUAGCUGCGCUCAGAUCUGCUCAAUCUGGUCUUUCCUGUCGGAUUUGUGAAGAAAUCUCGCCUCAAAGUGUCUCCAAAGGCGCCUUAUGCAUCUGUGGUAGCAUGUGUUUAGGUUAGGAGACAGAAACACUGGCCAUCAGCAGCGGGGAAGACUUUGCUGCGAGUUUAAGCAACAAUCAUGGACAAGAAGUCGUUUGACAUCGUGCUGGAUGAGAUCAGGAAGUGCGUCCUGACCGACCAGAGGAUCCGAGCCAUCGAGCAGGUGCACGGAUACUUCUCCAGCGAUCAGGUGACUGAGAUUCUGAAGUAUUUCUCGUGGGCUGAACCUCAGAUCAAAGCAACGAAAGCUCUGCAGCAUAAAAUGGUUGCGAUCCCCACGACUCAAGUGGCUCAAAUCCUGAACUGUUUCACCUUCUCAAAGGACAGACUGGUCGUUCUGGAACUGAUAGCUUUGAACAUUUCAGAUGCUCAAAAUUAUCGUCCAGUGGAGGAUUUGUUUCGUAUCCACUUGUCUGAGAAGAAGCGCGCUCGAAGGAUACUGGAGCAGGUGUGUAAGGUCGGCUGCAAGGCCCCGGUCGCCAGGAUCUCCUCGUGUGGGAUGAUUCCAGGAAAUCCUUACCCUAAAGGCCGACCCAGCCUGGUCACCGGCACCUUUCCUGGAAUCCCGCCUGCUAAAAAGGACGGCGAGAAGAAAGAAGAUGCAAAUAACAAUAUGGAGGGGAAAGGAAUCGCUUCCCGGAUUAUAGGGUCAUUCAAACCUUUCCCCUCAACGUACAAUCCCCACCGGCCCGUCCCGUACCCCAUACCGCCAUGCCGACCUCACGCCACCAUCGCACCAAGUGCAUACAACAACGCAGGCCUUGUUUCUGUGGGAGGGGUUAUAACCGCCACCGUGCCCCCUCCCCCCUACAACUCUGUCCACAAAGUAGCAGGUUAUGCUAAACCUGGCAACCCCCAGAACACCACACCAGGAAUCAACAGCGGGCCCCUUCCCCUCCAUCACGGAUCCACUCCUUCUACCCCCGCCCCCACCCAAGCCUCUCCUGCCCAGCUUCCCCCCACGACCCCCAUCACCCCGGUCUUCCCCGGCAUGGUGACGUCCCACAACCUCAACUCUCCCUCCCCGGGCCCGUCUCCAUCCGUGAUCAAAGCCGGACCCCAGACCCCCGGGGGCCACUCCACCCCCACGCCUUCGUCCGUCAUCAAAGCCCACACCCCGACGGGGACCCCAUGUGGCACCCCGGUCCCCGGGGGCUACCCUUCCUCCCCGUUCUCCUCCCUCUCCCGACCCGGCACCCCGGCGACGUCCCGCAGCGCCCAGAACUCCCUGCCUCAGACAAACGCCAUGGGUUCGGCUCAGCAGAGGAGCUACGCUCAGGCCUCGGACCUCCAGCCGGGCCCCGGUGGCUUCGCCGGAGCCCACCAGCAAGCAGGUAACCCCCCCGGGUCGGUCAUCCGGAGUUACACCCCCUCUGGACUAUCACCUCUCACCCCCGGAUCCUCCUCGGCGGGCAUUCCCAACCGUUCUACCCCAGGCCAUAGUCCCAAACCCUCUCCGGUCCACCUGGCUCAGGCUCAGGCUCAGGCUCAGGCUCAGGCUCAGGCCCAGGCCCAGGCCAUCUUGGCUGGAGCUCUGAACAGAAACUCUGAAGGCAGUAGGAGUAACAGCCCCGUUCCUUCGGCCUUCAAAGGCACCUCCCGUUCCGGCACGCCGUCGCUGAACCCGCUGGUGGCGCCGGGCUCCGCUCAGACCACCCUGGCCCGGUCGUUGGGUCUCUCCCACCCCCCCGGCUCCCCUCAGGUUUCCCUCCCCAGCCCCGUCGCCCUCAGCGGCCUCCAGGCGCUGUCCUCCAGCCCCGGGCCCAAUCACUACCCGGGCCUGUCCCACUUCCCAGCGCUGUCCUCGUCCCUCUCUCCGGCCGCCAUCCCUUCGUCUGUGUCCACGGUGCCUCCGACCACCAACAUUGCUUCUAACCACCCCCCAACUUCCAUGUACCCAGGCCUGGCCCCCAGCGGCGGCCCCGGCGUGGCUUCGCCCUUCGGCCUAGGCCUCACCUCUGCCUCGGUGUUCCCGGGGCUCCCGCCGGGGGCCGGCGCCGCCUUCCCCGGGCUGGGGGUGUCCGGGGGCCACGGCGCCGGGAGCCCCGUGCUGUCGUCGCUCAUGGGACUGUCGGGCGCCGCUCCGGCUUCAGUAGCAUCGGUGGCGCCACUGCAGGCGGCGGCGGUGGCGGCGGCAGCAGCGGCCGCCGCCGGGGUUCCCUCGUCAUCACCGGUGCUGCCCGGGUUCGCUUCGGCCUUCAGCUCCAACUUCCAGCCCGGGCUGAGCAGCGGCCUCCAGCCUCCAGGCAGCAGUGGUUUUCCUGGCCUGCUGUCCUUCCCUGCCGUUCCGGGCUUCUCCCCCUCUGCUUCCCCGGCGCUGGGCGGCCUGCACAACCCCAGCAUGCAGAGCGCUCUGCUGCAGGCUCAUUCUACAUCAGGCCUGGAGAGCUUCCCUCCCCAGCCCAACAGCUUCCCCAGCUACGCCCCCGGCCCGGGAAACCCCUUCCCCCUGCAGCCGGGCCUGCACCCCCAGCUGGGCUGGCAGUGACAGUGACGGGGAAACGACUCGGUCCGGGCUCGGCAGAACGAUGGCCUUGACCCGGACCAGAGCAGGAUAAGAGUUUAUUAUCUCAUGGCAGCAGUGACUCACUGAAGGAGCAACACUACCUGGAAAUCACUCCUGUACGGAAGAGAAGCAGAGCCAGGCAGGAGGAAAAGAUUUUUUUUUUCAUUAUGCACUUCGAGAAAAAAGUUGAAAUGUUGAGAAAAUAGUUGAAAUGUUGAGAAAAAAGUUGAAAUGUUGAGAAAAUAGUUGAAACGUCGAGAAAAGAGUUGAAAUUUCGAGAAAAAAGUUGAAAUGUUGAGAAAAAAAGUCUAAAUGUCGAGAAAAAAAUCGAAACGGCGAGAUUAAUGUUGAAGUAAAAUAUUGAGAAAAAAGUUGAAAUGUUGAGAAAAUAGGUGAAAUUUCAACUUUAUUCACGAAAUUUCGACUUUAUUCUUGAAAUUGUAUUUCAACAUUAAUCUCGACAUUUCAACUUUUUUCACAAUAAAAAAAAAAUCUUCAAAUAUUUUUUUUUUAUUGAGAAAAAAGUUGAAAUGUUGAGAAAAAAGUCUAAAUGUCGAGAAAAAAAUCGAAACGUCGAGAUUAAUGUUGAAGUAAAAUGUUGAGAAAAAAGGCGAAAUUUCAACUUUAUUCACAAAAGUUCGACUUUAUUCUUGAAAUUGUAUUUCAACUUUAAUCUCGUCAUUUGGACUUUUUUCUCGAAAUUGUAUUUCAACAUUAAUCUCGACAUUUCAACUUUUAUCUUCAAAUCUUAUCUUAAAUAUUUUUUCUCCUGCACGGCCCUGAUACUCUUCCGUACUCCCGGACCUGUGAAUAUCAACGAUUAGGUUUUAAAAGUAGACUGUAACGUUAGCCUGACUCCUCCUGUGUGUGUGUGUUUUUUUAAUUAUAGUUAUGAACAUUUAUUAAUGAAUUAUAGAAAUUUUUGACAUGAAUUAUAGUGAAUUAACAAGAUCAUGAUGUGUUAUUUUCCCAUGAAAGGAAACUGCAGACGAGCUCUUUGCCCCGGAUCUUUGCAGAAAUACUGUAUUUACUUUUCGAUGUGGGCAUAUUGUCAGCAUUUUUAACUUAUGUUUUUAUUUUUUGAUGACUAUAUGUCGGGCUCUGGGCGGUUUUUACUGUGAUUCAUAAUUCCCAUGUUUACAAAGUGGACCGAUGUGACGCCCAGCACUGAGACCCGGGUCCUGCUGCAGAAACCACAUCCUGCUUUUACACAGACUUGAAGUGCACGGGUCCGUGGACUUGGCGGCCAUCCGUUUUUUGUUUUGAAAUAGCAAAAUAAAAAUAGAGAAAUAAUCCAAAAUAAUCCGUUUCCCGUUUUUUGUUUUGAUAAUAAAAAACGGAAAACGGAUCGUUAUCCAUUAUCCUUUUCUCUAUUUCCUAUUCGUUUCUAAGGAUACUGAAAACAAGGAUUGGACAAAUGGGGGGAUUUACGACGGAGUAUUUGGGCCAAACUAAGACAAAAAAAAUGGAAAUUACGUGAAUAAAGUCGCAAAAUUACGAGAAUAAAGUAGUAAAAUUACGAGAAUAAAGUCGUAAUAUUACGACUUUAUU